GCGUUCCUGGAACUGGGAAGACAUUGCUGGCCAAGGCUGUGGCAGGAGAGGCAGAUGUGCCAUUCAUCAGUUGCUCAGCAAGUGAAUUUGUGGAAUUAUAUGUGGGCAUGGGAGCUGCUCGAGUCCGUGAGCUUUUUGCUCGAGCAAAGAAAGAGGCCCCUUCAAUUGUGUUCAUUGACGAGAUUGAUGCGGUUGCCAAGGGACGGGAUGGACGCUUAAGGAGUGUGGGAAAUGAUGAGCGAGAGCAGACACUCAAUCAGCUGUUGACGGAAUUGGAUGGGUUUGACACAAAGGACUCUGUUAUUGUCAUUGCUGCAACUAAUAGAGCGGAUGUUCUCGACUCAGCAUUGCGCCGCCCUGGUCGGUUCGACAGGAUUGUUGCGGUGGAGCCACCAAACAGGCUUGGCAGGGAGGAAAUUCUCAAGGUUCAUGUCAAAAAGAAGGGCCUUCCACUUGCAGACAAUGUCGAUUUGUUGGUGGUAGCGUCUGCAACCUCAGGGUUCACAGGAGCUGACCUCGCGAACCUGGUCAAUGAGGCUGCACUUCUUGCAGGACGCGGGAACAAGAUGGCCGUUGGGAAGGAGGAGUUCAAUCAGGCUGUUGAGCGUGCUGUGGCUGGCAUUGAGAAGAAAAGAUCAUCUUUACAGGGGACGGAGAAGGGUGUUGUUGCACGGCAUGAAGUUGGCCAUGCAGUUGUUGGUACAGCAGUAGCAAACAUUCUCCCAGGGCAUCCUCGAGCAGAGAAGCUGAGUAUUAUCCCAAGGACAGGUGGCGCUCUGGGAUUCACGUACAUACCUCCUGCGAAGGAGGACAGGUGCUUGAUGUUUGUGGAUGAGAUGAGGGGUCACCUUGUGACUCUACUAGGAGGGAGAGCAGCAGAGGAGAUGUGCUAUGGCGGGAGAGUUUCUACAGGUGCUCUGGAUGACAUCAGAAGAGCAACAGAUGUCGCAUACAAGGCUAUUGCAGAGUAUGGGCUGAAUUCUUCCGUGGGUCCCAUUUCUAUUGCAACGCUUUCCGGAGGUGGACUGGAUGAGUCUGGCAACAUGGGACUUCCUUGGGGAAAAGAUCAGGGGGGACAUAUAGGUAAUCUGGUGGAAAGGGAGGUCAAAGCGUUGCUGCAAAGAGCUUUGCAAGUGGCCAGACUGGUAGUUGGAGCCAAUCCGAAGGUCCUAGAAGGCCUUGGAGCAUUACUUGAAUACCAGGCGAUGAAAGGAGACAGCGGAGAGCAGCUGAGGAGACUAGGGUCUAGCAGAAGUACAGGUGGCAGCAGCCAACGCAGUGAUGGCACUAGCAGCUGUAGCAGCAGCUCACGUCAGAGCCAAGGCCGAGGCAGCGAAGGCUACUGUUUCUGCAAUGUCCCAGGUCUCUUCCCAGGCCUCUUCGAUAGGUGUUAAUCAUGGUAUAUCGAGGCCUUUCACUAGUCAGUCUGUUGGCGUGCAGGACCGCAACCCUUGUCAACGGAGGACGUUGAGAUUAGAGAAACAAAUGCCCUUCAAACAG